AUGGCCAAUGCCUACUCGCUGCGCUCGAUCAUCAUCUUGGAUUGGGCCGAUGCGCUCGGCCUGAGUGAUGGCGAUGAUGAUGAGAGUCAGCUGGUGUUGGACGCUGUGCUGGUGGUUGAUGCCGAGGCGCUCAACGCGGUCAUGCCUCAUACGAUCGGAGUUGCUCCGAGUCUGCUGCCGGAUAUGCUGGGCGACGAGGCUCGAUUGCCGUGGUCGGUUCUCGCUGUCGCGCCCAAGCACGGCAUCUCGGUGGCGGACUGGUCGGCAGAGGUGCUGCUGCCAGCGCUGGCGGAGCGGAUGCCUCGACCGGGUGCGGUGCUUGCGCACUUUUCGCCUGCGGUGACAGGCCUGGACUACCCGGUGGCGAUGGAGAUGGCUGUGCCCGGAGCCAGCGCGGAUUGCAUGGGCCAGCUCUCGGUCUCGGCCCAGGUUGCGAGGCGGGUGCUCGCCCGCGAGAGCCAGGACCCGGGCGAGGUGGCGCGGCGGCGGGCGGCGCACGAGCUCUUAGGACUUCCGCUCACGUCGCGAAUGUUUGAUGUUGCACACGCGAUGACGGCGUCAGGGAGCCCGCUUGUUGCGGGGCUCGACGACGGCGCAGGACCAUCGGAUGAGCUCCCGCGCGACGCGGACAUCUCUCAGGUGCUUGUGGACGUCCACACCGGCGUCCGGGCACCUAAGGGCACUGAGGUUGCCUGUGUCGACGGAUCGCUGGCUUACUUUCACUACGGGGUCGGGCGAGUCAACGACGCUGGGUGGGGCUGCGCCUAUCGCUCGCUGCAGACGCUCGCAUCCUGGCUUGUGCUCAACAGCUACACGCAAGCGCGAGUGCUCUCGAUCCGUGAGAUCCAGGAGGUGAUUGUGGCGGCUGGCGGGCGCGAGGCCGAGUUCAUCGGCUCGUCGCAGUGGAUCGGCUCGAUGGAAGUCGGCACAGUGCUGACAGCGCACUACGGAGUGGUGUACAAGAUCUUGUCUGUGCCGUCGGGCGCGCAUGUGCUGGACUACGUGGAGCCGCUGAUGGCGCACUUUGCCCAGCAUGGCUCGCCGGUCAUGAUCGGCGGCGGGGUGCUCGCGUACACAUUGCUCGGAGUGGCGGUGCCAGCCAGUGGUGGCGAAGCCAAGUUCCUCAUCCUUGACCCGCACUACUCGGGACAGGAGAAUGCGGGCACUGUUCGCAAGAAGGGAUGGGUGGGGUGGAAGGACGCGUCACUGUUCAAGGCCGACGCCUUUUACAACUUUUGCCUGCCGCAGACGCCGGCCAAGAUCCCGACUUUCUGAGCAGCAUGCGUACGGUGCGAGGCUCGAGCUCAGUUCUUUGCGGCGGUGAGCUUGGGUCGGACGCGGACCUUGCGCCGGACCUUUGCCCGCGUCUUGGGCGGCUUCGGCGGCGAGCCUGGCGGGAGCUCGGACGAGACCGAGUACGAUGAGCAGGCGUAGGACUCGGACGACGAGGCGGCGCCGAGAAGCCCGAGAUCUGACGAGCAGCUCGACGAGCG